CGGGGGGUGAAUUCUCAUCGACAUGUCCCCGCCAUGGAGGCGGUGUCAGAGCAGGUACUGGAUGGACUGAGCGGAUAAAUAGAAGCGUGAUGAGACUGUGUUUGCAGACUGAAGGAGAGUGAAGGUGCGUCAAAGAUGAAUUUCCUGGGAACUCUCCUCACUCUGUGCGUCCUCGUGCCCAGCGCCCACUUUGCCGAUAGCUCAAUCGCCUGGUGUUAUAACCUUCCAACCUGCAAUGACACCACCUGGCCGACCAUUGCCACCGUUUCUUGCAACGGCAGCCGGCAGUCGCCCAUUAACAUCGCCCCGGGAUCCGUCCAAACGGACCCCAACCUGAACGCGUUCACGCUAAAUAACUUCGACAGCCCCAUCGCCAUGGACACUAUCGCCAACACCGGCAAGACGGUCCAAAUCAACUUGGUCCGAGGUCUCAGUAUUUCGGGAGGAGGUCUGUCCGAGAACUACGACACCCUUCAGCUGCACCUGCACUGGGGUCGCGGCGCGUCCGUGCCGGGCUCCGAGCACACGUUGAAUGGCCGGCGGUAUCCCAUGGAGCUUCACAUCGUAAACAGCAAGGCAUCCUACAACCGCAACACAACUCUAGCCGUUGCAGAUUCCACAGGACUUGCUGCUCUUGGUUUCCUCAUCGAGGAAAUGGAAGGCAACACCACUGGCCAACCUGCCAGUUGGCAAACAUUGAGCUCCUACCUGGCCAGAAUCCCAAAUGGUGGCGACAGCGUAUUGGUGACAGCCGGAGUUUCCCUGAAUGAUCUCCUACCCGGGGUGGACACCACCAGGUACUACCGCUACCUCGGCUCCUUGACAACGCCCACUUGCGACGAGGCUGUGGUUUGGACAGUAUUCAAGGACACCAUCAAAGUCAGCAGAGAUGUGAUUGACCGCUUCAGCAGUAUGCUCCACAUCGACAACAGCACUUCACCUCUCAUGGUUAACACCUACAGAAACCUCCAGCCGGCAUUACGGGUCACAACGCAGGUCAACAGCUCUGCCUCCAAAGCCUGCUUCUCCCUGGGGCUGAUGGUCCUCAGCGUUCUUCUGGGGAGGCCUUAAAGAGCCGCCAAACGCUGUGCAGUCUUCACGGAGAUGCCGGUGAACAAGUCUUUGCAUCCAGGAUGCACGCUUUUCGCCUCAUGAAGUCACUGACGUCACAACACCGGUGCCUGAGAAAGUGUUGCAUUUGCACUGAGUUUACAGGGGAGACGUUGUAGAACCUGUUUAGAGAUCCAGCAACGUAAUCUGUGAGUAUUUAUUUUCUUCAAAAUCAGCCAGUUGGGUGCAAUAAUUUCUUAGCAAAUAUGAUUUCCUUGUUAUGUUGAGUUUUGCACUUUAAUGUUCUUUAAAACGUAUGUGCCUAAACUUUGUGUUGAUUAGCGCGAUUGAAAUGUGGGCACUUUGCCAACAGAACUUAUGAAAUUGCUUUGGUUGGCAUUUGGUUAAAAGAAAUCCUGGUAUUUCACUCAACUUAACGAUUACCAUUAUUUAAGAACAAUGUAUAUACAUAUAAAUAUAUAUAUAUAUAAAAUCAAACAGGUGUCUUUCAUGUCAAAGACACCACUUAAAAUAAAUUCACUAUAUGCUUCCAUAUAAAUGACGUUUGGGAGGGUGUGCUUUUUAACUGUCCUGUUUAAAUACCUGAGUCACCUACAGUUGAACUUAAUGACUUGAUGAAUGUAAAAAUA